CAGGCAUUACUGCGUAACGGUCCGAGUUGCCACACCUCAUAUCAGCACAUCAAGUAAAAAGGUAGUGAGGUGAAGGAUGAAGAUAAGUGAAUGCAGUCAAAAGAAAUAUAAAGUAUGAGAAGAAAGGAAAGAGGAGUGACAAAAUAGUGAGAUUCGGUAUAGCGUUGUUAAGAUGAGGAUAAUGUGUGUAUACAUCUGCGCCACUGACUUCGGUUCUGAGCCAUAUCACCUAGGGUCUCCAACCACUGGUUCCUCUUGUCCCGCGAACAGACCCCAACCACCUAGUCUGCAUCGUCCUACAUGGCUUAAACCAACAGUCAGAGACUUCAUACAUUGGUGCCAUGUUUUAGUCUGGCCACCUCGAGCCUUUUUCCAGCCUGGACCCACCUCAGCCAACAUUGUGUGACGAGGCAAUCGGUGACUAGGCAUACGUAGUACGUGUCAGAGCCAACCAUCUCAGUCGAUGAAGGUUCACAACCUCGUCAACUGACUUACCUCUUCUCCCUA